ACGUUCUGCCAAGAUGUUCAUCAAGUCCACACAGCUUUUGACAUUUCCCAGUGGGGAAAAAGAAAACGAUCCACUUGAAAUGCUCGCUUUCAACACCACACACCAUCUCGGCCCGCCCGUGGUUGGGGGUAAAAUAUAGAACGAAUUGAACAUGGUAAUCCGAAACAAACAAAAACAGAAACUGCUGGAGAAACUCGGCAGAUAUCUGUGGAGAGAAAAUAGAGUUAACGUUCCAACCCUCCUCACUCACCCCAAGAAAGAGGCCGUUGGUUUCUGAGUUGUCGGCAGACCUCGACUGCCGAGCCCCGGUACACCGCCCGCAAUAGUAGCGCCGAGACGAAACCCAAUACACGAGACAUGCUGCGAGACCAAGACGCUCUCGAGACCCGGACCAACGUUCUAAGUCCAACCGCCACCAAGGUUAAAGUAACCGAGAUAGUAGGAACCGUCUUUCCGAUGGGGGAAGGGAAAAGUGAAAACUAGCACAUGCGCUCUCACUCACAAUCCCCACGUAUUCGGUUACGGAAAUCAGCUGGAGGUCUCACCCUCUGACCGGUAAAAAAUUAAGUUUAAUAAGGAGGAAGGGGUGUUAGUAUCGCUGACUUCCGGGCACCUCAAGAGUCAGUAGCUGGGAUUUGCGGCCGUUGCAAGUUUUGGUGCUGGUCCGCCGGGUUCUGCAUAUUGAAGCUGCUGGAAGGGCAGCGGCUAGAGGCUUUCCCUUCCGCCUUUCUCCCGAACACCGCCAAGCCCACCGUCUUCAUACCGCAUCCCCGCGCCAACUGUUACCAUUUCAGGUGCUAACCCGUUUCGAGAGCCGAGAGUGUGUGAGACAGACCAAUCCAAAAGGUUCGAGAGCAAGUGUCGCAAAUUCACUCAAUGAGUAUUCAAAAGCCUGCGAGCAAGGCCCGCGUCUUCUGAACAGUUACUGUCUUCCCGUAAAUAAACUACUGUCUUAAAAUAGAUACUGAAAACUACAAAUGCUGAAGAUCACAGCGGGUCAGACAGCGUCCUUGGAGAGACAGCAAGUUAAUGUUUGGAGUCUCUGCUCGCAACAUUGCGGAGAAAUCUAGAAGCGUCCUGACCCGAAACGUCAACUUUGUGACAGAUGAGGGUGAAAGACCCAUCUUCCCGAUGUAAUGGCGAAAUGACGAAAAAGUGCAGAAGGCCUGCGAGAUAUCAAGAUGAUGAUUCUUCUGAUGAAGUCACAGGUUCUACCUGCCAGCAUAUUGGAGGCGCAGUAGAUCUGAUCCAAGUGAAGAAGGCAGUUACUCAAAACCACUGGUCAAUUUGCACAGAGUGUGUCAGAAGUUUGAAAGUACAUGAUGAAAAGCGUGGUGCUUCAUCAAAUACUUGGAUGUGUCUGAAAUGUGGGUACCAGGGUUGCAGUCAAAACUCAAAAGAUCAGCAUUCUUUCAAGCAUUUCCAGACUGCACGCUUAGAUGCACAUUGCAUUGUGAUCAAUUUGGACUCCUGGACUGUUUGGUGUUAUGAGUGUGAUGAGGAAUUAAAAUCAUACCAUGAGAAGGUUCUUUCUCACUUGCUGGAUUUUCUGCAAAGACAUGCUACUAAGAUCCACUCGGGUUCAAUUUCAAAAUUAAUGAAGGUUCAAGAUGAAAAUUCAGAUAGCAAUGAAACAGAGAGACGAAAGCAUAUGAUCAACAAUGUAGCUGUUCCUGUCAAAGGCUUGUGCAAUUUAGGAAAUACCUGCUUCUUUAAUGCAGUUAUGCAAAACAUGGCUCAAACCCAUAUGCUUUGUGAUCUUAUGCAUGAGAUGAAGGAGAAGGGGACAAAGCUGAAGCUCUGUCCACCCACCGAUUCGAAUUUGGAUCCGUUGAUGAUAACACUUCCUAGCCCUGGAUCAUUGACAUCAGCCGUUUAUUUAUUCCUUCACAGUAUGAAAGAAGCAGGAAAUGGGCCAUUGGUUCCAAGAGUACUUUUCAGUCAGUUAUGUCAAAACGGUGUCUUCCACGAGGGACUUUCGCCCUUAGGAGGAAAACUACAGUUGAACACAGCAGCCCUUUCUGCUCACAUGACUUGCAAAGCACCACGUUUCAGAGGGUACCAGCAGCAAGACAGCCAGGAAUUGCUUCAUUAUUUGCUGGAUGCCAUGCAGAUUGAAGAAACUAAGCGCAUACAGAGUGCAAUCUUGAAAGCCUUCAACAAUCCAACAGUCAAAACUGCUGAUGAAGAGACCAAACGUAAAAUAAAAGUAUAUGGUAGAGAAGGUGUGAAGAUGAAUUUUGUUGAUCAGAUUUUUGUUGGAGAACUGGUCAAUACUAUCAUGUGUGAAGAGUGCUCACAUAUUUCAACUGUUAAAGAGCAAUUUAUUGAUCUUUCACUACCCAUUGUAGAAGAAAGGGCAGCAAAACGAGGGCCAUCAGAGAAAAUAAAUAAAAGUCAUGAUGGAAAGGAUGUGGAAAUUAAGGAAAAUAUUUUGGCUUCAAGUAAGCAGGACACCUGUGCAACAUCUCUUACUCCAAACAGAUAUAAAACAAAAAGUUCUAAGAAACCACCAUCUGCGAAAUAUGCAGUAAAGCAGUGCCAUGCAAGCAAACAAAGGAUGAAGGAAAUGAAGAAAUCAACACCUGAUGAUGAUGAUGACAGGAAUUGUCGAGUUUCUGCAGAGCAAAGUAAUGGACACCGAGAGGACAGUAACCGGACACUUUGUUGCUCUCAUCUAGGAGAAAUCAGUAACCUUAGUCAGUCAGAAGGUAGUGAUAAAGAUGGAGAUCAGUCAGAUGGAAGCAAUGAUGCAGAUAGUGAAGCCUCAGAAUCCGAGAAUCUGUCAAAAUCUGUUGAGUCCCUAAGUUUUCACACCAACUCCAAUUUUGAUUUGACAACUAUCAACCAUAAGCUGUCGAACAAUGAUUUAGUUCAAACUAAACAAGUGGAGUUUAAUUGUAAUGAUUCUAUUUCCAGUGCAAUAACAAAACUCAACCUUGGCAGUCCCAAAAAUGAAAGUCUAAUAAUCAAUACUGUUUACGAGGAACAGACAGACUAUGUUUCAUUCUGCAGUGAAGACGCAAAAGAAAGAUCAGUAGUUUCAAAGAAAACAGCUGCAGCGUUUCAAACAUUGUCCCAGAACUAUGAACCAAGAUCCAAAGAAUGCUCACUCCAAUCCUGUCUUAGCCACUUUACGUCUGUGGAUCUGCUCAUGGGUAAUAACAAACUGUUAUGUGAAAAGUGCACAGAAAAAAGGCAGAAACAACACAAGAAAUCACAUUCAGCAGAGAAGAAAUCUGAACAUGUGUACACAAAUGCUCGUAAACAAAUGUUGAUCUCUGCCAUCCCACCUAUAUUAAGUUUUCACCUUAAAAGAUUCCACCAGACAGGUUUGAGUUUGCGGAAAAUUAAUAGGCACGUGGAUUUUCCUUUAGUUCUGGAUUUGGCACCAUUUUGUUCAUUCGACUGCAGGAAUGUUGGAGUGGAAAACAGAGCGCUAUACAGUCUAUAUGGAGUAGUUGAACACUCUGGAUCUAUGCGCGGAGGACACUAUACAGCAUAUGUGCAAGUCAGAGCAGCCAACAAAAAAGUAUCUGAACAUAUCCCUGGAAACAAGAAUGUACCAGGUGUCAGAGAUGCUGGAGCACCGUCAAGGCAGUGGGUUUACGUCAAUGACACCCAUGUACAGGCAGUUCCUGAAGCUCGAGUACUCAAUGCUCAGGCCUAUCUAUUGUUCUAUGAACAGCUUCUGUGAAAGCAUUGUUUGGGAAGUGUACAUUAAUGCACAAAGUUGAUAAUAUUUUCUAAUUUCUAACAACAACCCAUCUGACUUCUCUGAACUUUUCAUUUUACUCUUUAUUUAUUGAAUCAGUUACAAGGACAUCAUGAUUAAAAUUUAUUACACCCAACAGUAAAAUUAAAUGCUAAAAAAAUGUAAAUCCAUUGAAAAUAUGUUUACUCACAAAUGAUGCCUUCAAUGUUGCAUUUUUUUCUCCCCCAGAUUUUUAUUUUGACUUAUUGAAGUGCAGGCAUUUUCAUCACGGUCACUUUCAUUUAACAAAUAUUUUUUCACCUUUCAAAAGAUGCUGCUUUUAUUGCAUUUGUGCAAACAAUGGCCAUGCACGUUCAAAAAUAAGGAAAAUUAUUGUUUAUGUAUUAGAGUAGAAAUAAUUAAAUUUUCACAUUUCAUUAGUGAUUAUAUUUACUGUCCAAGACAGAAAUAAGAGUACAGGCUAUAUUGCCUGACAUUGAGUAAUUAUGAAUUACUAUCUAACAGAUUUAUUUUUUUAUGGAAAUAAUUUGAUUCUUCGGAAGCCAUCUCACUUCAUCCAUGAUCUUUAUCUUUGAAGCCAUUGUCACAAUUUUUGAUUCCAAGACAUCACAGCUCUGACUAGAAACAGAAUAUGAGGAAUGUUGUGCAUCUGAGAUAUUAUGUCUAUGUUAAUUCACACAACACACAAUACCAGAAAGGCACAUCAUUGCUUAAUACACAGAAGGUCUUUUUCGGUACCCAUACAUUUUUUUUUCCUUGAAUUAACUUGCACUUUCACCGUGCCAUUUAUUUAUGUUUUUUUGUUCAUAAUCCUUAUCAAAAGCUCACUGUGAUGAAUAAUUUCAUCCUGAAGAAUAUUUUAAUAAAUAAUUAUCUCCUA